AUGGAGCGAGAUUGCUUCCGAUUUGUACGCAGGUGCCAUCAGUGCCAAAUUCAUAGCGACUUGAUUCACUCACCCCCUUUAGAGUUGCACCCUAUGUCUGCUCCGUGGCCUUUUGUGGCUUGGGGAAUGGAUGUUAUUGGGCCGAUUGAGCCGAAAGCAUCUAAUGGGCAUCAGUUUAUUUUAGUUUCUAUCGACUACUUUACCAAAUGGGUGGAAGCUGUCACAUUCAAAUCAGUCACCAAAAAAGCAGUGGUGGACUUUGUUCAUUCAAACAUCAUAUGUUGUUUCGGCAUACCAAAAAUCAUUAUUACAGACAAUGCAGCGAAUCUUAACUGCCACCUGAUGAAGGAAGUUUGUGAGCAAUUUAAAAUUGUUCAUCGUCAUUCAACCCCUUAUCGACCCAAAGCAAAUGGGGCUGUUGAAGCGGCAAAUAAAAACAUCAAGAAGAUUCUUAGGAGAAUGGUGCAAGGAUCUAGGCAGUGGCAUGAAAAACUACCAUUUGCUCUCUUGGGAUACCGCACAACUAUUCGUACGUCAGUCAGUGCAACUCCUUAA